AAUACUUAUCGACGAAAGUUGAAAACAUAACCCACAUACAACAUCCAAAUCAAUGUUAUUGCGUUUGACAUUACCUGUCGAAAUGUUUACCAAAGCUAAUUGUAUAUUGUGAUUCGGGUACACGUCAAUGAGUGUCCAACGAUUUUAUAAUGGCAAACGAUCGUGAAGUGUUGCGAGAAAUAUGGGAAGGCAAGAUUCCCGUUUGUUUUGAAUUGGACUCGGAAGAGAUCUACGGCCUACAGGCUCCCGAUCCUUUUUAUUUGAUGUUACCUCGACUUAGUUACUUUCCUCUCUGUACCGACAAGGUUAGAAAACACUUUUUGCGCCACAUUCAGCAAGAAAUCCAAGAUAAACAAGAAACUGAAAUGUGGCUGGAGUUUAAUGGUACUCCUCUCAAAUGGCAUCUGCCCAUUGGAGUGCUUAUGGAUCUCUAUCACAACGACAUUCAGUUGCCCUGGCACAUAACAGUUCACUUUGACAAGUAUCCUGAAGAUGUCCUAAUGCGCUGUCAAAACAAAGAUGUUGUGGAGUCAUAUUUUUUGUCUUGUGUCAAAGAAGCAGACGUCCUGAAGCAUCGAGGUCAAGUGGUGUCUGGUAUGCAAAAGAAGGAUCACAAUCAACUGUGGCUUGGACUCUUGAACGACAAGUUUGAUCAAUUUUGGGCUGUGAAUCGCAAACUGAUGGAACCCAGUGGUGAUGAAGGUUUCAAAUACAUACCUUUUAGAUGUUACAUUAGCGAAGAUAAAUAUGUACAAAAAUUGGUGAAGCCUGUUGGCGAGGAAGGUCAGAGAAAAACUCUAAAAAAUUUAUUAGACGAAACAUUUCCAGAUAGCGAACAAACAACUGUAGUGCGUACACAUGGAAUCAUUCCUCCGUUGGAUACACCUCUGCAAUGGUUAUCGGAGCACCUAAGUUAUCCAGAUAAUUUUAUCCAUUUAGUAUUAGCAACGUAACAUUAAGAAAAAAAAUCGUGUUGCUUCUGGUUGUUCUCACUGAUGAACUGAGAAGGAA